ACGUGGUUUCUUAUCAUAUCACUUAACACAAAAAUUUCAAUCUCUCCCGUAAAAACCGAGCUGUAUCGAAAACAUCAGGAAACUGCGGCAGUUCGUGUUCAAAAAACCCAACAUAUAGACAUGUUCAAGUUGAUUAUUGCGUGUCUUUUCGUCAAUAUAAUCGGUUUUGUCGUCAGUGUGCCGACAAAUAAUCGAUUAGAAUCCAGUUAUGGCUGUAAUUAUGAGGCAUGUCAUCCAGUAGAUCCAGAAAAACUGAACGUUCAUUUAGUGGCACAUUCUCAUGAUGAUGUUGGUUGGUUAAAAACGGUGGAUCAAUACUAUUAUGGAGCUAAAAACUACAUUCAACAAGCUGGAGUUGAAAAUAUUAUCAGUUCUGUUGUUGAAGCACUCGACAGAGAUCCCAAUCGCAGGUUUAUUCAAGUAGAAACAGCAUUCUUUUGGCAAUGGUGGAAAUUACAAUCGGAGAGAACUCGACAAGUUGCCAAAGAAUUAGUAGAUAAUGGCCGAUUGGAAAUAAUUAACGGAGCUUGGAGUAUGAACGACGAAGCCGCCGCUCAUUAUCAUUCGAUAAUCGAUCAAUUUACUUGGGGCUUAAAAACUAUUGAUGAUACAGUUGGAAAAUGUGGCAGACCGAAAAUUGGGUGGCAAAUCGACCCAUUCGGUCACAGCAAAGAAAUGGCAACAAUUUUUUCACAAAUAGGUUACGAAGCUGUGUUUUUCGCAAGGUUAGAUUAUAGAGAUAACAUUAACAGACAUAUCCAGCGAGAUUUAGAAAUGAUUUGGCAGGGAAGUCAAGAUUUAGGAAAUUCAUCAAACAUUUUCACUGGUGUCUUAUACGAUUUUUAUACAGCACCAGCGUAUUUCUGUUGGGAUGUUUUAUGCUCUGACAUGCCUAUUGUUGACGAUGAAACUAGCCCAGAAUAUAAUUUAGAUGAUAGAGUAGAAGAAUUUGCUGAUUAUGUUCUUAAAGGUGCUUCUAAUUUCAAAACAAAGCAUCUUUUAGUCACGAUGGGUGGUGAUUUUACUUAUCAAGCAGCAGAAAUGUAUUUUAUCAAUAUGGAUAGAUUAAUUGCUGGAUUUAAAAAGCUUCGUCCUGACAUUAACGUAAUAUACUCAACUCCAUCUUGUUAUGUUAAAGCAGUUAACGAAGCUGCUAAAGCACAAGACAUAACUUAUCAGGUUAAAACUGACGAUUUCUUCCCAUAUGCAAGUGAUGCCCAUUCGUAUUGGACUGGUUAUUUCACAUCGCGUCCAAAUUCAAAACGUAAUGAACGUAUGGGAAAUAAUUUCCUUCAGGUGAUUAAACAACUCAAUAGUUUCAAACAAUUCGCUGAUGAUAACGAUGACGAAGACAAUUCUAUUCUAUUAAAAGAAGCGAUGGGAAUUAUGCAACAUCAUGAUGCUAUUACUGGAACUGAGAAACAACACGUUGCACAAGAUUAUGCUCGUUUAGUUACAAAAGGAAUUCAUGCCGCUGAAGAAGGAAUUGAUUCUAUUAUUGCAAAUCUUUUAAAGAAAACUGACGAUGUAUCCUCUGUAACCUUGCCGUUUAAAUCAUGUCUUCUUGCAAACGUAUCACAUUGUGAAGCCUCAUCUUUCGAUACUUUCACAGUCGCAGUUUAUAAUCCUUUGAGUAGAAACGUAAAUCAUUAUGUUCGUUUGCCUGUGAGUGGAGAUUCUUACACUGUAACGGGACCUAAAGGAGUCGUUUCAAGUGCAAUUUUGCCGACCAUCCAUGAUUUUGAAUACGUCGACGAAAUUACGCCAUUGUCGCAGGAGUUAGUUUUCUUGGCUAAAGACGUCCCGCCCUUGGGAUUACAGUAUUAUUACGUGGAUAAGUCUACUCGGCAGGAAAAUGUUACGGUCGAAGUGCAGGAGAUUAGACUUGGAACAACGGAAACAGGAUUUGAAAUUGAUUCAGAAACUGGUUUAUUAAAAACAGUAACAAUGAAUGGAAUCACACUUCCAGUAACUCAAAAUUUCAUGUAUUAUAAUGGCGCAAAUGGUACAAAUAUUGACGGUGAAAGACGAGCUUCCGGUGCUUAUAUAUUCCGCCCUGCUAAAUCCACUCCAGAAGCUUUACCGAUUUCCACACAAGCAACGUACAAAGUGUACACUUCUGAUUUAGUCGAUGAAGUUCAUCAAGAAUUUAAUGAUUGGGUUAAACAAAUAAUUCGUGUUUACAAAGAAAAUAAUCAUAUUGAAUUUGAUUGGCUUAUUGGACCAAUUGAAAGUCCAGAGUAUCAAGGUGUUGAAGUAGUAACUCGAUUUAUUACCGACUUGAAAACAGACGCCACGUUUUACACUGAUUCGAACGGACGGCAGAUGGUGAAAAGGGUGCGCAAUUUCAGAGAAACAUAUGAAUAUACGAAUGAGGAGCCCGUUUCAGGAAACUAUUACCCAAUAACAUCCAAGAUUACCUUACAAGAUCUCGAAAGGAAUAUUGAGUUUGCUGUUUUAAAUGAUCGGGCUCAAGGUGGUGGAAGUUUAAACGAUGGAGAAGUUGAAUUAAUGGUUCAUAGAAGGUUAUUAAAUGAUGAUAACUUUGGUGUUGGUGAAGCUUUGAAUGAAUAUGAAUUCGGGCAAGGAGUUGUUGUUCGUGGGCAACAUUAUUUAACAUUGGGGUCGAUGAAUUCGAACUCUGAUGGAAAAUCAUCUGCUGCCCAACAAAGAGAUUUGGCGGCUAAAAAGCUUUUGGCACCUUGGGUUGUUGUAGCACCUGCAAGUGAUUCUUCCUUAGAAAAUUUAAGUUCAAAAUUAAACUUCGAGUUUUCCGGGUUGACUAGAUCUUUACCAGAAAACGUGCAAAUCUUAACUUUAGAACCAUGGGGAAGCAAUAAAGUUCUUUUCAGAUUAGAACACACCCUUUCUAAUAACGAAGAUGCAACGUUAUCACAACCGGCUGAAGUUAACAUUGAUGGACUUUUUACAUUAUUCGAUAUCGUCGAUAUGCAGGAAAUGAACUUGGCUGGCAACGUUCCAAUAGAUGAAAUCGACAGGAUGGAAUGGAAUGGAGUGUCAUCAGUAAAAACGCAAUCGCAGAGAGACGUUCAAUCACCCAUAGUUUUGAAACCGAUGGCUAUUCGUACUUUUAUUCUUACCAUUACCAAAAAAAAUUAAAAUAAUUGGUUAAUUCAUAAAAGAAUUACUUUAAUAAAUUCUAUUUUGCAUACUAAAA